AUCGGGGGAAGAGCCGGAAGAAGGAAGGGGAAGGCUCGAGGGAAGGAUCAGAGGAAGGACCGGAGGCAGAACUGAAGAAAAGACCGGGCAGGCUCGGGGACAGGAUCGGAGGAAGCAGCGGGGGCAGGGUUGGAGGAAGCAGCGGGGAAAGGCUCGGGUGCCGCCCCGGAAGGCUCUGUGCCCAGCCAUGGUGGUGCUGAGUGCGGCGCGCUGGCUGCGGAGCCGCCUCUCGGAGCGCUUCUGGAGGGUGCAGGAGGUGCUCAAGUACGCGCGGCAUUUUCGUGGCAGGAAGAACCGCUGCUACAAGCUGGCAGUGAGGAGCGUCCGCAGGGCUUUUGUGAGGUCCACCAAGGCCAGGAGGGAGAAGAAGAGAUUCCUCAGAGCGCUCUGGAUUACAAGGAUUGAAGCAGCUUCCCUUGAACAUGGUUUGAAGUACCCAGCCUUCAUAAGCAACCUGGUCAAGACACAGGUGGAGCUGAACAGAAAAGUUCUGGCUGACUUGGCUAUUUAUGAGCCAAAGACAUUCAAGUCCCUGGCAGCCUUAGCCCAGAGGAGGAGACAGGAAGGGUUCCUGGCUGCCCUGGGAGAUGGAAAAGAACCAGAGGGGAUAUUUUCACGUAUUGUGCACCACCAUUAUUGAUAUCAGAGUCUGUAUGUAUAUUUUAGAAACAGGGGUUUGAUUGUGAAGCAAACCUGCUGUGGGACUGCUGCUGAAAUGGAGAAUGUGGAACAAAUCCUCUAAGGAUUGUGUGGGUGUGAAGGUUCUCCUUGAUGGCUUUUUUUUCCCUGUGUUGUUGUCACCGAAACCUGUUAAAUUAAAAGCACACUUCAAGGUUAGCAGUCAGGCCAUACAGUGACUUAAUAAAGCUACUUUUUUUUUUUUUUUUUUUUUUUGGCAACUGCUACUAGAAAAAAAAUGCAAACUGAUUUGUGUGGUGAAUUCUGGUGCUGAAUAGGGAAAACACAGCUGGGAUGGGGAGGAGAUGUUGACCCUCACACAUGGACCCUGGGUGUUAAGGACACAUGUAGUUUGUACUUUUUAAGGACUUUAAAUAAAGACAUCUUUAUUGAUAACUGCAA